AUGUACUUUACGAAGGGGUUUCUCCUUCUACACACAUUGCUUGUAUUCCUUAUUCCCCAGUUUGACACUUUACAAGACAUCUUAACCAUCAGCAAUCCCAUCAGAGAUGGUGACCUUUUAGUCUCUAACGGAGAAACCUUUGCACUUGGUUUCUUUAGUCCCGGAGAGUCCACCAACCGCUAUGUUGGCAUUUGGUUUUAUAAAGCUCCUGAACAACCCGUGGUAUGGGUUGCAAACAGAGACAAUCCUAUCAAUGAUAAUUCCGGGGUUUUCUCAAUUAAUCUUCAUGGAAACCUAGUGCUCUAUGGCGAGGACCAAAAACAACCCAUUUGGUCCACAAAUAUUGUCACAAAAUCAAACAACAAUACUACUCUUGCUCGGCUCUUUCAUUCAGGAAAUCUAAAGUUGUUGAUUAAUGAAACAAGUGAGGUGCUAUGGGAAAGCUUUGACAAUCCAACUGAUACAUUUCUUCCAGGCAUGAAACUUGGGUUAGAUCGAAUGAACGGUCUAAAUCGAAUUCUAAGAUCUUGGAAGUCCAAAGAUGAUCCAGGAAUUGGCAAUUGCUCCUUCAUUCUCAAUACCAAUAGCUCCUCCCCAGAGUUGUUUUUGUAUGAAGGUAAUAUUUUGUGGUGGCGUUCUGGUCAUUGGAAUGGUAUUGGAUGGAGUGGAUUACCAACAUCGUCAAGUAAUGAUUCGGUCAUGAAUUUCAAUUUAUUUAAUAACCAGCAUGAGACUUCUACAAUUUGGGGUUUACGUUACCCAGGCGUAUCAUUAUUCUCAAGAUUAGUGGUGAAUGGAUCUGGAUCAAUUCAAAGCUCUGUGAGUGAAAAUUCAUAUCAAGAAUGGAACAUUCUUGGGACAGUUCCAUUGGACCGGUGUGACAAUUAUGGGAAGUGUGGUGCAUUUGGUAAGUGUCAAGUUCAAAAUGGUACUGAAUUUGAAUGCACUUGUCUACCUGGGUUUGAACCAAGAUCACCAAGUGAAUGGUCUGCGAGAAAUGCGACGAGUGGGUGUGUGAAGAAGCAUGGGAGGGCAUCCAUUUGCAAGAGUGGUGAAGAGUUUGUGAAGGUGGAAAAUGUGAAGCUUCCGGAUAGUUCAUUUGCACGAGUCGAUGAGAAGAUGAGUUUGAAGGAGUGUGAGCAAAAAUGCUUGGAGAAUUGUUCUUGCACGGCGUAUGGAGGAGUAGAUGUGAAAGAGGAUGUUGGUUGCUUGAGAUGGUAUGGUGAAUUGAUGGAUACAAGAGUGUUGGAUGGGGGCCAAAAUUUGUAUGUACGUGUUGAUGCAUUUGAGUUAGCACAAAUCAACAAGCAGAGCAAGACAGUGCUUGAUAAAAGAAAACUUAAAGUAAAAAUGCAAAGCUCUGACUCCAGUAACUUCGAAGACUCUCCAAGUAGAAGAGAAUUUGAUGGAUCUAAAAGAAAUUCAAGUUUUCCAGUAUUUGACCUAAGGACCAUCAUUGCAGCCACAGAUAACUUCUCUGCUGCUAACGAGCUUGGCAAAGGUGGUUUUGGCUCGGUUUAUAAGGGUUUGCUGCAAAACAGAAUGGAAAUAGCAGUAAAAAGACUAUCAAAAUACUCAGGACAAGGAGUGGAAGAGUUCAAAAAUGAAGUUGCACUUAUUGCUAAACUCCAACAUAGGAACCUCGUGAGAAUCUUAGGUUGUUGCAUUCAAGGAGAAGAGAAGAUGUUAGUCUAUGAGUACUUGCCUAAUAAAAGCUUAGACUCUUUUAUUUUUGAUGAAACAAAAAGGUUAUGUUUAGAUUGGGGAAAGCGAUUUGAGAUUAUUUGUGGAAUUGCUCGAGGGAUAUUAUAUCUUCAUCAAGACUCAAGAUUAAGAAUUAUUCAUAGAGAUUUAAAGGCCAGCAAUAUUCUACUCGACAAUACUUUGAAUCCAAAAAUAUCAGAUUUUGGUAUGGCUAGAAUUGUUGGAGGUGACCAAAUUGAAGUGAAUACAAAUCGCGUUGUUGGAACAUAUGGCUAUAUGUCACCAGAGUAUGCAAUGCAAGGAGUAUUUUCAAUAAAGUCUGAUGUAUAUAGCUUCGGAGUGUUACUAUUAGAGAUAAUUGUUGGUAAAAAGAAUGGUACUUGUUACCAUGAUGGUCUCUCCCCAUAUUUGAUUGAACAUGUAAUUUGGGACCUAUGGGGAGAAGGAAAAGCCAUGGAAAUUGUGGAUGCAUCACUAGGUGAGACAUACCCUGCUAAUGAAGUUUUGAGAUGCAUUCAAAUUGGGCUUUUAUGCGUGCAAGAACAUGCAAGAGAUCGGCCAACCAUGUUAACAAUUGUUUUCAUGUUGGGUAAUGACACACCUCUUCCUUCUCCAAAACAACCAGCAUUUAUUUCGACAAGUACUAACAAUAAUAGAGACAUGUUAACUUCUAUAAAUGAAGUAUCAAUUUCUGAAAUUGAUGGUCGCUAA